AUGAAAGAAAAAGAUACGUCUGAAGAUGAUCCCAGGAACGAUGACAUCAUACCGUAUGCCGUGCAGAUAUUUUUAUGGCGACAAACCACACCUUUCGUUCGACCAAAGUUUGGAAAAGUGCACGAUGCAGCUUGCACGUUCUGCCAACGAGCUCCAGGACAUCACGAAUCAAAAGAGGCAUGCAAGUCCCUCGAGAAAGUAUUAGUGCAAAAUCUUCGAUUCGGUCUAUCAAGUAGCCUUAUAGAAGCCAUUGAUACAAUACCGCGAUGGCGCCUAAUACAAGCUGCUUUGCCUCAUGUAAUGCACUCUUUGGCUUCAUUACUGCACAACAGAGUGAAAGACAACAUGCAAUCCCUAGGAAAUGUAGAGACAAAACUGCUCUACACACUACACUGGAUUCUACUUGAUGCAUCUGAUGAAUGUGCUGAGAAUGAUUAUGAAAAUGGAAAGUACUACUCAAACCCUUUCCACUAUCUUUUCUCUGUUCCUACUAUGACACUUUUCAUAUUUUUAUUUGCGCCAAUAUCACAUCAUUUGAAAGAAUCAGAUUUCACAUCAAACUACAGGCUAGAGAAUGGUCUUAAAUUGUGGCAAGCUCUGUGGGAAUACAGACAUCCAGAUGCUGCUUGCUUUACAACUCUUGUGAAACCCAAGCCUAAACCAUUCGGUGGGAAAUAUUCCAAAAAGAGUCAUCCAGGAGAUAUUUUCUUGGGUCGGAAGUUCUCUAAAGAAGAGGGGGUUAUAAAUGGAAGCCCACCAAGUCAAAAUAUAUCAAUCUCACAGUCUGAAGCCCCAUCAAAACAAGCAAGCACAGAAGAAGAGCCAUGGUUAUCCUCACCAAAGGAAACCAUAUUCCCUGAAACUAUUCCUGAAGAGAGUUCUAGCACUGAAGAAGAACAUGUGUUUAUAUAUAGGCUACCAUCCGAAUCCAACUAUGGGGGCACAAACAGAGGUGCCUACACAGUGUAUGCGGCGGAUCCAAGCUUAUUUCAAAUUCGGAAGCCAGAUACACCAAAACCAACCCUGCCUGGAAUAAAACCAUUGCCACAGAUUACCAAAAUGAGUUCGUCAGAUAAAGAAUCGCUUUCGGACAGCUGCGGUGUCCCCGGCGCUAAAACAACGCACACUUCUACCGAAAAAGGUCCAUCGGCGAAGCAAGCCAAUGUAUCGGCAGCAACUAUAUUAGACGUGGCAACACUACGCUGUUUGUUUGCACCGCAGUGGCAAGAAGAGGGGGUCUACUGGGCUCUGUAUUACCUAUACAAUAGGUUACGAGAUAUAUCCGACGACGUGUCCAAGCAAACUCAACCUCGAAAGCGUAGCAACUCAUUGCCCAUCCCGAAAAUAGAAGUAUCGGUAUAUCAAAGUUCUGAGAUCAAAGAAAGGGACUCCUUAAAGAACUUUAUUGAAGUGCCUGAUUCUAGAGAUCUGCCGCUGACAGAGGUACCCUUCUCACACGCCAAGAUUGACGAUGAUAAUCUCAUGACAAGAAGAGCCAGCGAAAAGAUCAAACGUAAAAUGAAAAUGUCAGAUCUGAAAGCGUUCGUUGAGACAAAAUUGCUGUCAAAAUCUGAGAAGGCGCUCGAAAAAAUUGGGAAUGAUGAUCAUAAAUUUAGUUUUCACACUGCAGUAAGAAUGAUAUCUGAGUACCACAGAUCGCUGGAUAAUUCAGAGGAAAGGCCGAACUCCGCCUUGGGUAGCCAUUUUCCCCAAGUGGGUACAAGGUUGACUGGAGAUUUCCUGCAUUGCAAUCUUGUUAAAGGCAAAAGUAUGCCAAGUCUAAGCUGUCUCAUUGAUGAGAUUGCCUCAAAUGGAUAUAUAGGCGAGAUCAAAACAGAAAGAGCCCAAGGCAUAACAAACAUGCCAGCAUCACAAGCUCAAAAGAAAAACAACCCCAUUAUUACUGUAACUGAGCACACGCCGACACCGUCGCCUGACUAUCUAUCUAAGACAAGACAGGGUUCAUUAGAAUCGCAAAUGGAUUCGGUAAGUAUACAAGGGUCUCAACACAUCCCAACACCAGAACGGAAGCCAAGCUUGACGCGAUCACAAACAGACUCCAAUAUCAGCUAUAUCGUGGAAGAAAUCCAUGAAGCCCCGGGAUCGGUUCACUAUAUUACUAAAGAUGGUGAUAUUGAUCUACAAGUAGUGCUCAAGGCGGUGUAUUCAGUAUCUACGAUGGACAGUUUCUAUAUCACGAUAAGAGUUAUGGAAGUAAUGUUAAAUUUAGUUGAUACACUCAUGGAAAUAGGUGUCCAUAAGAAUUGGCAAACAGACAAGGUACAGGAUCCUAAACCCGAGUCAACAGACCCCAUGAAUGAGUUCAAAGAUAAGGAAAGCAAGGACCGGGAUUCAGACAUUAGAUAUGCCCACAGUCAAGAGUCAACGAAUAUUGAUGCGUCAGAGAGCAAAUGUAGACCAAGAGAUGAUGAAAAUUUUGACUGCCCGUAUUAUAUGAUUAUGCAUAUUAUUUUAAGAUUGUUACGUCAACUGGGAUGUUCUCAUGGUUGCACGUCAGCUCUCCGGGGACCCCAGGCGGAGUCACUCCGGAUACAAGCUCGAAACUCAUUGAAACAACUGCGCGAGGCCUCACUGCUCAAGUUCACGCAGCGCAUCAAGGAGAUGACCAAACAUACUCCUUUCAAAGAGCUGCUAGAUAACCUCCAUGCGACGGUUGGAUAUUGCGCGGAGCCAGUGUCUAUGGUUUCGCCUAUGGGUCAGCAGAAAAGAAACGCCACCAAAUCAAAUGAUCUGAACGGCCUGGGUGCGCAGUACGCGAACAAGUUCGGCUCGGUGCAGGGACCCAACAAGUCUAUAGAGUCGUUUGUUAUCGAGGCUGUGUUACGAGUGUUUGUAACGCGAUUCGCGCUCAUGCACAAAGAGCUCAAGAUGUUAGAUAAUUCGGUGAUGUACGCAGAAAUACGUUUGUUCCUGAACUACGUGCGGCUGGCUCACGGCCAUGAGUUCCGCGUGGUGGCUCUGAGUGGCCUCAUAGACACGGCAGAACGUCCUGGACACCAGAAGGACAGUAUGCAGACCACCAGGGUUAUAAGACAUGGAUGGCGAUCUCCGGACGAGGAUAAGGUUGAUGGCGCGACGGCCUUCGAUGCGAGCGAGGUGUGCGCCGAAGAACGACCGCACAAGAAGUUCACCUUUAAGAAACGAAGCACUUCUUCAACUGGGGCACACAGUCUUCUCGACACAGAGACGGGCGACGAGUCCGCCAGCCAGAGCCCGCUGUCGGUGCGCACGCGCCGCCACCAACUCACGCCGCGCCAGUCGGAGCGGAACAUCGCGUCCGUUUCAUCGGCGGACAUCACUCCUCACCACAAACUGGCGCACUCCAAGUCUAUUCCAUCCAAGUUCCAUAUCAGUGGCAUAAUGAACUGGUUCAGACAGAAGCCUCAACCACAGCCGCUGGGUCGUAACGGUGGCGACUCCGGAGAAUCCCUGCCCAUAUCAGGAAGUAUGGCGUCGCUGGCCCGCUCGCACGUUACCAAUGUGCACGUCACUCGGCCCGUACACAUGAAACGAAGGGUCGGAUAUACCCUUAAUAGGGCAAGGAAAAGAGUAGAAGAUAGACUGAACAGGUUCGGCUUGAGGAAGAUGGGAAAGAAGAGAGACGGAAGUAUUGAAGAGACUCCCGGAGGACAUAUGUCGCGUAGGGGUUCAGCUGAAGGUGGUUUCGGUGGCGGUGAUUCAGAAGUGGUUGUACUGAAGAGACGCCGGCUGGUGGCCGCCGCACCACUGUACGCUGGCCUCGUGAGGUUCAGCUUCAUACUGGAUGCGACACAGCCUGGCACCACACCAGACGCUCUCUUCAUGGCGGCGCUUCUAGAUCUGCCUCACACCGUCGUGGUCGGUAGAGCGGCUAUGCUGCUGGAAUGUGCGCAUCUGGUUCACAAUUGCAACAAGGGGCAAUGGCCUUAUUGGCUGAAGUCAAACAUAGCUAUCAAAAAUCCAGUUUCAGUGCCAUCUGGAUCCUUGCUGCUCAAGAGGCAGCGUUUGGCGGGAAAACUGUUUUAUCAAUGGGCAGAAGCUAUCGGCAAUAGGUUGGAGGAAAUGUUAGUGGAGGAUAAGAAACAUUUGGAUACCGUUGUCAGCCUUGUGACAGAUGCUGACGGCCAGAGGGAGCUGCUGCAGCAAGAUGAGGAGGAAGACUUCCUAGAUGAAGCAAGUAUUCGCCUGCCCGACAAAACGAUUGGAGCCGAUUGUCCACGUGCGUUGCGAAUGGUAGCGUGCGUCCUGCUCUUCGAAAUCACAGCGUUCUUGAGAGAAACCUACCAGAAUCUUCCAAAAUCUUGCCGUUCCUCGCUAAAAGAAAGAGGACCUUGGGACCGUGUAUACAGGUGGAUGAUCAAGCGAAGACCUUUAUUGUGUAAUAAUAAAUUUUUCUUUUAAACAGGGCUCUUAGCAGUCAACACACAUUAAUGCCAGUCGA